AUGGAGCCCAGGGAGUCUUUGGGCAGCUCCCGGCAAAGGGGAGGCGAGGCGGAUUUUCUUCCAGCCUCUGUGUCCUCUGCCAAACCACCAUCUGCCUCCAGCUGCACAGGGGAGACAGUGCUGCCGUCGGCUGGCUCGGGGAAAGGGAUCCCAGUGAGCGGAGAGCGUAUGGAGCCCGAAGAAGAGGAUGAGAUGGGUUCUGGGAGAGACGUGGAUUCCACUUCCAAUGCAGACAGUGAGAAGUGGGUGGCAGGAGAUGGGCUGGAGGAGCAGGAGUUUUCCAUCAAAGAGGCUAACUUCACAGAGGGGAGCUUGAAACUAAAGAUCCAGACGACCAAGAGAGCUAAGAAGCCCCCAAAGAACUUGGAGAACUAUAUUUGCCCACCAGAGAUCAAAAUCACCAUCAAGCAGUCCGGGGAGCAGAAGCUUUCCAGAGCUGGGAAAAAUAGCAAAGCGGCUAAAGAAGAGGACAGAGGACACUCCAAAAAGAAGGGAAAAGUCAUUGGAGAUGCGAAGCUGCUCAUGAGCUGUGGUUGCAGAAAAGGGAAAAAUGCUCAAAUGAAAGACUCAGAUCAGAACCAGAUGAAGAAUUUGGGAAGAGAGUGUGGGUUCCCCGUGCAGAGUCCGAUGACAAAAUCUGCGAAUAAGGUUUAUGACAGGCCACAGAAACAUUCUACCCUGCACUAUGAUCCAGGCCUCCAACAAGACUUCACCGGUGAUACCUUAAAAUCAAAGCACCAGCAGAAAAGUAGCAAUCAGCACCAUCUUGACUGGUCAACAAACUCCAAUACUGGAUCCACUUCUCAAAGUUGCUUCAUCAACACAGAACCCAGUCGAGAAGCAGUUAGUGCCACCAAGGUCACCCCUCCGGAGCCAGGAGUUUCCUUCAGUAAAUCCCAAGCAAAGAAGUCCUGUGCCAGCAGCACGUGGGGGCAGCUGUCUGCCAGCAGCAAAGAGCUUGCCAUUUGCAGUGCAGUCCCAUCACCCACCAACAUUGGUGUGGCUGCUCAGCCGAGCAGUGCCUCUGAGUGCAACGGGCUGUUGCCUAUAGGUGAUCAAGACGGAGGUGUGCAGCUGGAAGCUCCUGAUCAGUCUGCUGGGAGUACAAAGAAGAAGUCCAGCAAAAAGGACUUGAUAUGUCAAACCAUCCAAACUGCUGACAUUGAGUGGGUGAAGAGCGCUCAGAAAGCAUUUGACAGCAAAUGCCAUGACAGCAUGGAAGGAAAAAAAGAGUCUUAUUCGAUGGACAGCGUGUUGGAUGCGUCACCAUCAAAACAGAAUUCCGCUUCUGCUAGCAGCUGUGAAAAUGACACUAGCCAUGUACGAAUUACUAUCCCAAUAAAGUCUCCAACAACAGAUACAUCUGGCCACAAGAGGAAAAAAAGGCAAUCUACAAAAUCUUCAAUGGAGAAAACUAUCCAGGAGAAAAGCCUGCCUUCUGGGCUUGCUAUGAGCAGUGAAGUAGCAAACAGGACUAUCGCUCAGUCAGAAGGGAGUAAAAAAGAUAUUCGAGUCACAAAGCCAGGAAAAGUGAUUGAAAAUGAGUCCCCCUUAGCAGCUAUUGACAGCAGUGUGCUUACUGACAGAACUUCCCCCAACAGUGCCACCAGACUCAGAAAAUCCGUACCUGUGACAUCUACUCUCCUAUCCGCUGAUCUCCCCACAGCUAGCAAACUGUCUGAGGUCCAGCACCCAAAACUCACAGCUAAACGGCGAUGGACCUGCAGCAAACCUAAAUCUAUCCUUCGGGAGACCUCCAUGACAACAUCUGAGAAGAUGAUGGUGGAACCUCCUUCAGCCUAUCCCAUUACACCAUCCAGCCCUCUGUAUACCAAUACAGACAGUCUUACUGUGAUCACACCUGUCAAGAAAAAAAGAGGACGACCAAAGAAACAGCCUUUGCUCACUGUUGAAACCAUUCAUGAGGGAACAUCCACUAGCCCAGUGAGUCCAAUCAAUCGUGAAUUUCCAGGAACAAAGAAAAGAAAGAGGAGACGGAAUCUGGCCAAGUUGGCCCAGAUGGUCCCAGGAGAGGACAAGUCCAUCAGUGAUCUCAAGUUUCACAAAAAGGUUGGAAAGCUUGGGGUCUUGGAUAAGAAGACUAUCAAGACCAUUAAUAAGAUGAAAACCCUCAAGAGGAAGAAUAUUCUCAAUCAGAUCUUGUCCUCCUGCUCCAGCAGCAUAGCUCUGAAAGCAAAAAUCCAGCCGCCAUCUAGUGCUGGGCCAGCAACCAUUGAUGCCAGACUAGGGAAGCAGAUCAAUGUCAGCAAGAGGGGGACUAUCUACAUUGGUAAGAAAAGGGGCAGGAAGCCAAGAGCAGAGCUGCAGCCUCAACCAGAAGAACCUAAGACAGCCAUGAAGCACUCAAGGCCUGUUUCCAGCCAGCCAGAAAACCCAGCAGUGCCUUCCAACCUGCAGUCACUUGUGGCAUCGUCACCAGCAGCUAUUCAUCCGCUUUCGACACAGUUAGUGGGGACUAACGGCAACCUUAGCCCUGCAAGCACUGAAACAAAUUUUUCAGAGUUAAAAACUAUGCCAAAUCUUCAACCUAUCAGUGCUCUUCCUACAAAAACCCAGAAAGGAAUGCACAGUGGAACUUGGAAGCUGUCUCCACCCAGGUUAAUGGCUAAUUCACCUUCCCACCUCUGUGAAAUAGGUUCUCUAAAAGAAGUUACACUGUCACCAGUGAGUGAGUCUCACAGUGAGGAAACCAUACCGAGCGACAGUGGGAUAGGUACAGACAACAACAGUACUUCUGACCAAGCUGAGAAAAGCUCAGAAUCCCGCCGGAGAUACUCCUUUGAUUUCUGCACCCUGGACAAUCCAGAGGCUAUCCCAUCUGACACCAGCACAAAAAACAGGCAUGGUCACCGGCAGAAACAUCUCAUUGUGGAUAACUUUCUCUCUCAUGAGAGCAUGAAAAAGCCAAAGCACAAGAGGAAAAGGAAAAGCUUGCAAAACAGAGAUGAUCUCCAGUUUCUGGCAGACCUUGAGGAACUCAUCAAUAAAUUCCAAGUGUUCAGGAUUUCACAUCGCAGUUACACAUUUUAUCAUGAAAAUCCAUAUCCCAGCAUCUUCAGGAUUAAUUUUGAUCACUAUUACCCUGUGCCAUAUAUCCAGUAUGACCCAUUGCUCUAUCUUCGCAGGACCUCUGACAUGAAGUCUAAGAAGAAGCGUGGUAGACCUGCCAAAACCAAUGACACCAUGACAAAGGUGCCUUUUUUACAAGGGUUCGGUUACCCUAUUCCCAGUGGGAGUUACUAUGCACCCUAUGGAAUGCCUUACACAUCAAUGCCUAUGAUGAAUCUUGGUUACUAUGGUCAGUAUCCAGCUCCUUUGUACCUGUCUCACACGCUCGGAGCGGCUUCCCCAUUUAUGAGACCUACCGUGCCCCCACCCCAAUUCCAUGCAAGCUCUCAUAUGAAGAUGUCCACCACUGCCAAGCAUAAAGCAAAACACGGAGUGCACCUACAAACACCUGUGGGAAUGGGCCUUGGAGAUAUGCAGUCCUCUUUGGCUCCUCCAAAGGUUGGAGGAACAAGCCUUUCAAGUGGCCGGCUUCACAAAAGGAAACACAAACAUAAGCACAAGCAUAAGGAUGAGAGGAUACUGGGGACACAUGAAGAUCUGAGUGGUCUCUUCGCUAGCAAGUCAACUGGCUUCUCCAGUCACUCUAUCAAUGAAAGGCUAAGUGGCUCAGAUAAAGAUCUCUCCUUGCUCAAUGAGAAAGGCAAGCAUAAGGAGAAGCAGAAGCACCAGCAUUGUGAAACUGGACACAAAGGCUCAAAGACCAACUUCGAAGUGGAUACGCUGUCUACCUUAUCACUUUCUGAUGCCCAGCAGUGGACACAGAGUAAAGAUAAAAGUGAUUCAAGCAAUGAUCCCAUUGACUCUUGCACAAAGAGAUACUCUGGUAAUAGUGAGAGUAAUGCAAGGUCAGAGUCCCUGGACAUGUUUGGUGAAAUGAAUUCCUCGAGUGAGAAACGGGAUAACGAUGGAAGUGGGAAUAAAAGAAGAAGCUUCGAAGGGUUUGGAACUUACAGAGAAAAGGACAUUCAGCCCUUCAGGAUAAAUAGGAAGGAUAGAAGUACUUACGAUUCUUCAGCCUCUUCUGGAAUUGUAGGCCCCCACUUAAAAGCAGACCAGACUUCACUUCAUAGUAAAAUGGAAAGUUCUGCCUGUAACAUGAUGACCAGAAGGAAACCAGCAACUGCAGAGAGUGUUACAAUGCCGACUCCAGUAUUAUCACUCCUACCUUCAUCAUCAGCAACAUCUGAAGCAGCCAGUCCACCGCUGAAAAAAAGGUUCAAGCGCCGUGAAAUUGAAGCAAUCCAGUGUGAGGUGCGCAAGAUGUGUAACUACACCAAGAUCCUGUCCACAAAGAAGAACCUGGAUCACGUAAACAAGAUCCUGAAAGCCAAGCGGCUGCAGAGACAAUCAAAAACAGGCAAUAACUUUGUCAAGAAGCGGAGGGGCCGUCCACGUAAGCAACCUCUCUCCUUUGAUGAAGAUUCCAGAGACCAAAUGCCCGUUCUGGAGAAAUGCAUUGACCUUCCAAGCAAAAGAGGUCAGAAGCCAACACUGAAUCCAUUGCUGUUGGAGCAAGCAGCCACUCAAGACACAAUCAUGGCCACCAUUGAGGCUGUCAUACACAUGGCUCGAGAAACACCACCACCACCUCCUCCUCUUCCUCCUCCGCCACCGCCGCCCCCUCUCCCUCUGCCCCGGACACCCCGGCUUGGGAAAAGGAAGAGCAAGUCACCACAAGAGGAGGAGGAUGACAUGAAAGUGAAGCGGCACCGGAAAGGCAGAGGAAGUGAAAGCGAAGGCCUUCCCUAAGGCCGGCACACCCUGCUGGACAUCAAGUGCUGAUAGCAGGGUACGUCAGGACUGACAGACUGGAGGAAUACAGUCUGCUUUGCCCCCAAGGCAGCACUGGACUUGUCACUUGGGUGGCCAAAACUUAUUAUGGAGAGAUGGGGAUCACAUCUUCCUCUUCAUCACUUCGGUCCCAGUCCCCCAGGAAAGAGGGGGAAAGGGUGAGGAGAUGGAAAGGUGGGGAUAAGGGGGGUGGGGGGGAUUUCUAAGUUGGGGAUAUUGUCUACUUUGCAGUUUCCAAAACUAAUCAACAUCUCAGCAUUGCUGUGCUCACACCAUACCCGGAGGCGGGAGGUCGUCCUUGCAGAGAGCUGAGCAUUGGUCGCUAGGGCUGCAUGCUCAGCUCAGAUUCUGUUUGGUGGGCCAGGUGAAACUAAGAAUAACCAUACCAUAGUAGAAAUCACUGUUAAAAGAAAAGAGAAAAAAAAAAAAAAAAAAGAGGAAAAAAAAAAGAAAAAAAGCAAGAAAAAAAAUAGCGUAAUUUUCUCAACUGUGAUCUUGGUUAUAAUAUGUUUGAAUUUUUUUUUUCAGUUUUAUAUACCUUCCAGGUUUUGGGGCAGCAUAACCCAAAAUGCCUGACUCCUGCUAGAACUAUAUAUUUUUUUCUCAUUUACUUGCCUAGUUACAACUAGCUGCAAUAUAGGCAAUAGAAAAGUAGAGCCUUACACGCACACACACUCAUUCCGAGUGCUAUCCCAAGGAACAACAGAAUAUCACAGCAUUUCUAAUAAGGUGUACAUGGAUAUUCAGUUAUGAUAGCACAUUUCUACGAAGCAACUUGGCAUUUCCAAUGGCAUGUGAAAAAGGGGUCAUCCAUCAACCAAGUUGUUUUGAUGCUCGGUACAUAUGAGUAGAGGACAGCAAGACACUUCUGGGGAAUAGAGUUAUAGUAAACAUGGACAAAAUCACCAAAAAAAAAUAAUAAAAAGAUAAAAAAGAGAAAAGAAAAAAGUAGAACAGAAAAAAUAGAGUAAAAAAAACAGGGCCCCAAACUUCCAGUUUUUACCACCUGCAGUUCCCAGGGAAAAUGAUGGGAAACCCAGGCUCCAAAUUAUUUGCAUUGGGUAGCAAUGCCUUGAUAUGUACUUUUAAAGAAAAUAGCUAAAGUAGAUUGUUUUAAAAAAUAGAGAACAAAACCCUAUGGAAAAUAGGUUAUUUCUUGGCAAUUAUUUCUUAAAAAAGAAAAGGAAUAAGUGUUCUUACCUGAAAAUAAAAAUAAAAAUGUUCAAAGGGUAUCACCACUGCAAUUGUAUUAAUGCCACUUUGGACAUGUUCUCCAAGUUGUGGUUGCCUUAAUAAACUAAAAAAAAAAUUUUUUUUGUACAUAAUGUAAUUAUAAAGCUCUCAGUCUGCAUGGAUGCAAACUGUGUGUGACAAAUCGUCUCUUUAAAUGGUCAGUUCAAAUUGUACAUUUCUCAUUCGAGUUGUACGUUAACCAUUGAUCUAACUUGGGUAAAAUACCUAAGCUCCAUUUCCACAGCCCAAUUAAAAUGUUUAACUCAAACAAAGACUGAACGUGAAGCUGUUCCAUUGCAGUAAAAAUAGUUUUUGUUUUUUUUUUAAAAAAGUCAGUUGAUAAAAUUUGAAAUAUGUACUUUCAAUUUAUUUUAUUUCUUUUGAAAGUCCUUCAGUACACCCAACACCUGGCAUGGCAAGAUCAAUAUUAAAACGGGAGGGGGGAGGGAAAAUUCCAGCAAGGGAGUGGGGAGCGGAAUUAUUUAAUGAUUCAUAAGCCAACUGUUAUUCACUUUUUUGAGAAACCCUUAAUUGGCAUAUUGCCAUGGAAACUUCAAAUAGCACGACAUUAAAAAAAAAAAAAAAAGACAACAAAAAAGUCCCCACCAAAAAAAAAAAUCCUUUCUAUUCUGUUAUUUAUUUACAAAAAUCAUAUCAAGACUAUAGUGUUAAAGGGACACUGUAAACAUAUAACUCAUUAUUUUUAGAGACUGAUUUUUCUUCUGUGAUAGCACCUUAGCUUAUUAAAACUGAAUGCAUUUGGGGUUCGGACUGGGGUUGGGGGGCUGAGAGAGGGUUUUUGCUUUUUUUUUUAAGGCUGGAACAUUUCUUGAGAUCCUUUCUCCGUACAUCUGAUAAGAUGGAUCACAGAAGUUUGUUUCCAAUUUGUUUUGCAACAUUCAUCAUGCUCAUUUGCGCUUUUUGUUUUCCAAUUAAUGCAGCUUAGAAAUAAACUGACCGGUUGCUCCUUCUGUUACAACCAACUUUGCUUUUCAGUUCUCUCGAAUCAGCACAGUGUUAUUGACUGAAGAUGUAGGCCUGCAGAAAAAAAUGCUUACGCCUCUUCCAGCUCUUCCCUUCUGCCUUAAAAAGCAUCAGACUGAGGUUUAGUUGAUUCAGAAACUUUUUUUAACGUCUUUCCCUUGGGCCUGAAAGUAGUUGAUGGUGUCUCUUAAAAAAGAAAAUGUGUUUGGUAUUACAGGUAGCCUAUAAUCUGAAACUAAGCCAUCUAUCCUUAGUUUCAUCUUCAGUGAUCUCUUUGUUAGCAUUGAAGGACAUUUCAACAUGUAGCAAGUAGAGCAAAGGUCUGAAAGAACCAAAUUCUGUCACUGAAUGCCUCAUGUGGUUUCAAGAUGCAUCAAACCUUACAGAGUGACAAAAAGGACUGGAUUUGGGCUGACUCUGGGCAUAACCCCACCAUUGGGGAUUACUGAAUAGUGUGGGGUCCUCAGCUUCAGAUCCAGUACCGUCAGGGCACUGCUGGAGGAAGAUGGUCUUAAAGGUCUUUUCCAACCUAAAUGAUUACAUGAUUCUAUGAAAAUGCUCUUAACCUUACAAAAACUACUAUCCAAGAUGCUGCUAGAGGCAAAAUGCUUAAGGAGAGCAUCCACUUGUGGAAAGAACAACCCCAUAGGCUCUUCACUGAGCACUUCACAUGAGGCAGAAAAAAAUGUAAAGGCACUUUUGGUCCUAAAAAUAACAAAGGCUAGGGUUCAAGACUUGGUAGCUGCAAGCUAUCCACAUAAGAUGUAUGGUAGCCCAGAUGCCCAAAAUUUAUUGUUCACAGAGAAGAUGUGUUGGGAGAGCAGUGCUGCAAUACAGUCUUGACUGUUCGUCCAAACAGCAGCCCUGUGCAGCCAGGCCUGGCUGGCAGCAAGAUUAGUUUGUUAAUUUGUAUGAAAGCAGGCUGGAAAUACUGUUAGAUGGCACUCAUAAUUUGUGUUCUGUGUGUUGCAUAGUCUACAAAUAUGAUAAGCAAGUUGCUGACAGAAUAAUAUUAUAAGGCGAUGUACUACAUGCAGAUCAUAAAGGAUUUAGUUUUAGGGCUUAAGGCUAAAAUCCCACUCCUGCAGUUUAUUACCCAGCUAUAUUCCAGUAAUGAGCUUUCUGAUCUUUUUUUUUUUUUCCCUUGCAACUCGGAAGUUUUACUAAGGAACUCCCUAAAUUCUCUCUGCACGUUUCAAGGACUGUAUAAAACUAGGGUGAAAGCCCUUUUGCUUAUUAAGACCCAAAAGAGCCUUUCAAAGACCUCCAUCAUGUCACAGAUUAACACAUUUUAGCAUGCUUAAAUAAAGACACAAAACAAAAUCACAUGGCUGUCAGCUAUGUGAAAUGAUGCCAUGGAUUUGCAUCCUCUCUGUGGGCCCUAAAUUUCUCAACCAGUGUAAAGCCAAGAAAAAGGACAAAGAAGAGAGAAAGAAAUAAAUGACCACUUAUGUCUCCAAGAGCUUCAUACUGCCAAUUUCUUGAGCCCUUCACUAUUAAAUUUUCUGUGAAACACCGUGCAUGUUUAUGGGUAACUGUCAAAAAAAAAGAAAAAAACGAAGCAAGUGAUAACAGUAAUCAGCUACUCGGGUGUCAUCAUUCAGCAUAGCCCAUGCCUUUUCACUGGACAUCAAUUCUUUAGACCAUCCAUGUAGAGUAUUUGAUUUGCGUUCUUACAUUUUUUGGUAGCAUCUGGUACAACAAGAUGCUGAUUCAUUACUGGGGCUUCUGAGCACUACAGCAAUACGAUGAGUAUUCACUCUUCCAUACACAGAGAUUUACCCAAUGCUUAUUUUCACAGGCCCUGAUUCAGGACUGCGCUUAAAUAGUGCAUUUAAGUAGUAUCCUGAAGGAAAAAAGAUAGAUAUAGGAAAAAGGAAAACACAAGCAGGAUGGUUUUCUGAAUUGAGAAAACGGACAUCAUGCCUUUGCAAUGCCUCUUCCUUCCACAUCAUCCAAAAACUGGGGUGCAGCAGUUCUGAGAAAAUUAGAAGCACAUCUUAACAAAGGACACGUAUUUGAGAUCUCCUUAAGAUGCCUGCCUAGGCUGUAUAAAACACUACGUAGAAAAAAAAAAAAAAGAAAAAGAAAAAAAAAUGUAAAAACAUAAAAAGAGCUGCCAAUUGGACAACAUGGGGGAGCUGUUCAAGCCCAUGUUGGUUUGUUUUACUUUUCUUUUUCUUUAUUUUUUUAAGCUAUUUCUUAAAUAAUAAAUGCACAUGAAGUGUUAAAUAUGUAUAUACUGUAUUUCAAAAAAAAAAUUAAAAAAAAAAUCAAACGAAUGGGGCACAAGAUUGUUCUAUAAGUCGUGCUGGCUAAUUUUUAGUUUGUAUUCAUAAGUGGUUUUUAAAAGCCUUUUUUAAAGUGUAAUUUGCAUGUUCUACUUUGAUUGUAUGUAAACAUAUUUUAGAGCAAAAAAAUGUAUUUGUAUUUUAUUGAAUAUAGAGGCAAGAAAAAAAACUUGUACAUUGUUUGAAAUGUUCUUUUUGUAACAGUUUUUAUUCAUGAAGCAUUUUUGUACAUUUAAAAAUGGAUAUGGACUUGAUGUUCUUUGAGGCUUAGAUACAUCUGGCAUGCUUUAAUGUCAUGCUCCUUCAUGAUCUUAGAUGUUGGUUUUUAAACAUUUUUUUCUAAAACAAAGCUCAGUCUUUUCGCUACCAAAUCAGGUUAGCACAGUAUAGAGCACUUAACUAAAAAAAAAAAGGAAAAAAAAAAAGUUAAUCCUAUUCAUAUGUUAUUCAUUGUGUGAAAUUAAAGGAAUUCAAUUCAGUCUAA